UUUCCAUGGUGACGAACAUUUCCGGGUAAACAAGGCAGCAUGGAGGAGCCCGGGGAUGACGAUUACACGGUGUUCGCCGGGUCCUCAGAGCAGGACGUGAUGUGCAGUAAGAUUUUCUGGAACUCGCUCACCCUGCAGCCGCCGCUGGAGUCCAGGCUGGUGUCCGGGGACGUGGAGCAGAGGCUGAGAGCCGCCGGGGGGGCCAAGCCGCGCAAGAAUUACACAGGACAAGAACUGGAGGAUCUCAAGACAGAAUAUUUUUUACUGGAGGCACAGAGACUGCAAGAUCUAGAACAACGAUCCAUCUAUAUGCAAAAAGCUAAAAGAAGGGAAGAAAUCAUUGACCUGCUGAGAAAGCAAAGAGAAGAUCGUGUUAAGAAAGAACUAAUAUUGUUCGGGCAUGAACCAAAUAUCCCUGUAGAAGACAGAAGGUUACCCACACCAGAUAUGGAAGAGAUGGAAGAUAUAAAGGCUGUAAGGCAGCUUGAAUAACUGGAAUCUCAACAAAGGGGCACAGAUUUCCCCAGUACCUGUUUAUUAUCCAUUUCCUUUUUUGGCCAGAGUGUUUGUUUUAUGCUUUAAGAAAUUGCAUAAGUGAAUAUAAACACUGUAAUACAAUCUAAGAUUAGCGUCCCCACCUACUCCUUGGUGGAACUUGAUGGACUUACAGUAUGUCUUUUUUUUCAACCGUAUUAACUAUGUUAUUGGUAUAUAAAAAAAUCUGCAUAUUACACAAAUAUCUUUUUUAAAUUGGGAACAACUAAAAAUGUCACUAAGGCUACAUUCAUAUGUGCGGCAUAGCUCUCCAGCAGAGAAUGCCUGGAAUCUGUAUAGACCAACAUGUUCAAUUCUUGAUUUUGCUGUAUAUCCAUGAUUUCACUC